GAGCUAGGGCAUCGAAGAGAACUUGUUAAUUUUCCCCAUUCCCCCCCUCGUUCUCUCUGGUGGUUUGUUUUUCCCGCAUUGAAUCUUCUUCACGAACCCUGAAUCAAUUACUUCCUUCAAACACCUACAACUUCUUAUAAUCUAUUUCUCAUGUAAUAAAACAUUUAUUCAAACACCUCGUUCCCAAUUUCUUCUCCACAUUAAUUUUUUUUUCUUUUCAUUGUUUCGUUUAUUCAUUGUGAUCACCAAAUUUUCAUCUUCUUCAACAUAGAAAGCUCAAUAAAGGUCAACCAAGGAGCUUGAUGAAACCCUGUAAUCUAUGGCAUGGAAAGAACUACUUUAGAGAUUGACUGGCUGGGUUAAAAGGAAUGCAUGGGGAUAGCGUGGAAUCUGCUCUUCUAGUAAAUGCAGAGGUUGAUUCCAUGGGAGGAGUCAUUGAUGGUGGAGUUGGAAUGGAUACCAAAGCCUCUCCACGCCGAGCAGCAAUUGGAAAGGCUCAGGCAGAAUUGAGGCAAGAAUACGAUGUUCGUGAAGAACGUAGAAGAGAGCUAGAGUUUCUUGAGAAAGGGGGUAAUCCUUUGGAUUUUAAGCUUGGGCCUGCAGCUUCUAUCAGCUUUCAGUCAACUUCUUUCACCGAUCAGAUUGUGACAAGUGAAGCAAAAGGGAGCUUUGCAUUGACAGCCUCACCUCCGGGAGAUUCUGUUGAAAGCAGUGGUAGACCUGGGGCUACCACUGGUCGUGAAACCAACACUGCUGACAAUCUCUUGCUUUUUGAUACUGAAAAUGAUAUAGUUGAAGGAGACAGAAAUUCCAAAAGGCCUAAUAGAAGUGCCCUUCCUCCUUCAGAACAGUCUUCCCAACCGGACGGCACCCAUAACGCCAAAGAGUCAGAAGACCUGGCUAUCCGCCUUGCAGUAAAAGGUCAAGCUUAUGCUCGGAGGAAUAGGUCCAGAACUAGUCGCGAUGGAGCUCGAGCGUCCACCACUGAAUUAACUCUUGCCGGGGAUGGCAAGGGUACUUCUGUUUUACCUUCUUCUCGCGACGGUUCAAGGAAUGUGAAGGGGUCAUUGUCUGAAGUGAUCAUUAAGAAAGAACACCCUGUAGCUUCUAUUAGUAACUCAAAACAUAGAAUUCUCAAUGGAGACGUGGUUCCAAAGAAUGUUGGUUCUGGCAAUCAAAUGGAUAUGGAGUUGGAUGCUCCACAGGCUCCUGGUAAAGAUAUCAGUUUCGAAAAAGAUGGUACAGUUGAAGCCAAGUCUGAUGCUACCACAUCAAGAAAUUUAAAAGAAAUACAGGUUUAUGAACCUAAUCAAAAUCCUAUUCCUGACACUGAUCCAGUACCUAAUACUCUCAAAAUUGUCUCACUUGAGAUGGCUGGAGAGACAGCAGAUAUUCCAUCAGGUCCUGAUUUUAGUAAGAAGGAGAACCCGGGCACAGAUAAAGAAGAAAUGGUGAAUGAAGGUCUAAAUAAGAUUACAGUCAGUGACAAGAAUUACGUCGACUCUGAGUCAUCUCUCAUGCAGAUCGGAGAUACUUCUAAUGCCCAGUGUCCGACCAUAAGGAAAAGCAGCAUUUGUUUGAACCCCAAAGAACCGGUAUCGGUGAUUGAAGAGUCCCCUCAUAUAGCAGUUGCCGGGGACAAAAAGAGCAGUGGGACAAAAGACGUUAGGCCAGUUGCCAGUGAUAAUUGCAUUCCUGUUUAUCAAAAUCUCAUUGGGACCCUCGUUAAAGUUAAGGAAGAAAUCUUUGACAGUAGAUCUGGUUUGAAAGAUGAGAUGGAACCUGCUGGUACUAUGCAGCGGAUGGAGAGUACUGUCGAUUCAGUUCCAAAGGCAGAGAAAGAGUUAAGCAAUUCUCUGGUUGGUGAUUCAAGUACUGAAAGGAUAGCUUCAUGUCCUCAAGGUAGAGCUCUAAGUACUUUUGUUUCUUCCCAAUGCGAUAAACCAGAUGCUAGGUUUUCUGGGAGGGGUCCAGAAGUUGCUCCUGAGCUCAAAUCCUCUACAGGCAGCAAUAUCAAGAUGACGAACAAAGCGCAUGAAGAUUCAGUUUUGGAGGAAGCACGGAUUAUAGAGGCUAAACGUAAGAGGAUAGCGGAGCUCUCUGCGGGUACUUUUCCUUUGGAUAGCAAGCGGAAAUCACAUUGGGAUUUCGUUCUCGAGGAGAUGGCAUGGUUAGCAAAUGAUUUCAUGCAGGAGCGUUUGUGGAAGACAACUGUUGCAGCCCAAAUGUGUCAUAUGGUUGCAUUUCAAGGUCGGUUAAGGUUUGAGAAGCAAAAUCUCUGUCAAUUGCAAAGGAAAGUAGCUCAUACACUGGCAAAUGCUAUCAAGCAGUUUUGGCAUACAGCUGAGGUUCUUGCUACUAGUGAUGACCAGAGCAGUGGCCACAAAGAUUCCAACUUAGCUGUAGUCGGAUCAGCAAUGGUUAACGUAGGUGAAGCUGCUGGGAACAAGACCGGGGAAGCAAAUAUGGAGACAAGCAAAUCAGAGGGAGAUAAUUCUGUAAAAGGUGUUCAGCUUUCAGUUCAGGGAUAUGCAGUUCGAUUCUUGAAGUACACUAAGAUUGUGGUUGACCAUCCUGCUCAAGCUGAAGCACCACCGACUCCGGACAGGAUAUCAGAUUUGGGUAUUACGGAAUGGGAGGAUCAGUUGUCUGAAGAGAUACUCUUCUAUACAGUUCCUGCCGGUGCAAUGGAGGACUACAGGAAAUCUGUUGAACUACACUGGUCACAAUAUCAGAAAUCUGCAAGCAACACGAACCAAGAAGAGGUGGACACAUCCAUGUUUGAUGCAGUAUCAGAUUUUGGAUCCGGAGAAAAUGCAUAUGGGGAAUAUGAAGGAGAAACAGGAAUGCACUACAUUGCUGGACCGUUCGAGGGUAGUAAGUCGUCAAAUUUUGCUCAGAAGAAAAAGAAAAACUCAUCCAAUUCAUUCUCUGGGAGGUCAUAUGAAGUGGGUGGAGAUCUUUCAUAUGGCCAUUAUGUGGAAAACAAAUUGGGGCCUCAUCCUUCCUUUUUAAUGGAAAAAAGGCCUUCCAAUAACUCAAAUGUUGGUUCCAUUCCCAUAAGGCGUGUACGAACUGCUUCAAGGCAGCGAUUUCCUAUAAGCGCAGGAGCUGUUGGGGCCGUACAGAUUUCGAACAAAACUGAUGCUUCAAGUGGAGAUACUAGUUCCUUUCAGGAUGACCAGAGUACUGCGCAAGGUGGGAGAAUAGGUAUGGAGCUUGAGUCAACUGGGGAGUUUGGAAAACACUUGAGGCCUGAUUGUACAGAAAUAUCAAUGAAACCUAAAAAGAAGAAGAUUAAACAUUCACUUCAUAGGAAUCAAUUGAACAUGCCGAACACCGUGGGUUUCGUGAUAGGAAAAGGCUCUGCAUACGAACAGAGAUGGUCGCUUGAUUCCAUGGGUCAACAUGAACAGAAGGAUACCAAAAAGAGAAUGGAAAGUCAUGCUUUUGAAACUAACGGAAACAGUGGUAUUGGUGGCCAACAUGUUUCGAAGAAGCCGAAGAUGACAAAACAUUAUCCUGAUACCUCUGUUGAAAAUCUUAAUCCUCUUAUUGGGUCAAUUCCUUCUCCAGUAGCUUCCCAAGUGAGUAAUUUGACGAAUCCAAAUAAGCACCUCAAAAUGCACUUAGCGCAGAAUCGUGGAAGGAAGCCCAAGGGUGUGAAGAUGACAUCCGGGCCAUAUGGAUCAGGAAGUUCAUGGACGCAAUUUGAAGACCAGGCCCUUGUUGUCCUCGUACACGAUAUGGGUCCAAACUGGGAGCUGGUCAGUGAUGUUAUCAACAGUACUCUGCAGUUUAAGUGCAUUUUUCGUAAACCUAAAGAUUGCAAGGAGCGCCACAAAUUUUUAAUGGACAAGAGUGCUGGUGAUGGGGCUGAUAGUGCUGAUGAUUCCGGAUCUUCCCAACCCUAUCCGUCGACUUUACCUGGAAUCCCAAAGGGUAGUGCAAGGCAGUUGUUUCAGCGUUUGAGGGGUCCAAUGGAAGAGGAUACCCUUAAGGCUCAUUUUGAGAAAAUCAUUUCCAUUGGGCACCACCAACAUUCUCGUAAAAUUCAGAAUGAUAAUCAGGAUCAGAAACAAACAGCGUCAGUCCACAACUCUCAUGUUCUUGCUCUCUCCCAAGUCUGUCCAAAUAACCUUACUGGGGGUCCUCUAACGCCUCUUGAUCUCUGCGAUGCUGGAAGUCCUGAUCUUUCCCAUGGAUAUCAAGGAUCUCAUAGUAGUAGCUUAGGAAUUGCAAAUCAAGGUUCUGUUGCUCCAGCUCUUCCCACUUCUGGUUCUGGUUCUAAUUCCAUGCUACAAGGAUCUUCUGGUAUGGCUCUUGGUAAUAGCUUGCCAUCUCCAUCUGCUGCACAUAAUGCCUCAACUAGAUAUGGUGGUCAAAGACCAACUUUACCAAUGGAUGAACAGCAAAGAAUGCAUUAUAAUCACAUGCUGUCUGGUAGAAAUCUCCAGCACCCUGGUUUGUCGGUGCCUGGGUCUUUGGCUGGAGGUGAUCGUGGAGUUCGUGUGGUACCUGGUUCAAAUAGUAUGGGAAUGAUGCCUGGGAUGAACAGAGGCACACCAAUGCCUCGCCCAGGGUUUCAGGGAGUUGGUCCACCAUCAAUGUUAAAUAUGGUUUCCUCUGGAAGUAUGCAUCCUGCCACUGCAGUGGGCGUGCCAAACUCUGUAAAUAUGCACAAUGGAUCUGUUUCUGGUCAGGGAACUUCUAUGAUGAGACCUCGUGAUACGAUGCAUAAGAUGCGGCCUGGUCAAAAUCCAGAUGAUCAAAGGCAAAUGAUGAUGCAAGAGCUUCAGAUGCAACAGGUGUCUCAAGGAAAUAGUCAAGGUCAUCCUGCUUUCAAUGGGUUGAGCAGUGGUUUUUCAAAUCAGACGGCCCCUCCACCUGGUCAAACAUUUCCAGCCCAACACCUUCAACAGCAGCAGCAACAACAAUCUCAUGUCCCCUCCAUCCACCCACAGCAACCUCAUCACCCUCAUAUUCAAGGCAGCAACCCGUUUGUGCUCCGGAUUCCUAAAGAUAGGCAAGUUCAGCAGCAACGGUUCAUGCAUCAGCAGCAGCAACAACAAUUUUCUCCCACCAAUACCGCGCUGUCUCAUGGCCAACCACAGUCCUCCCAGCAUCCAAUAUCAACUUCACUACAAAACUCCUCUCAGGUUCACCAGCAGGCAUCUUCACUGCCUUCACCAAACUCUCAGUUGCCCCUAACGUCAUCUUCAUCCAUGAGCCCUGUAACUUCGCAGUCCCAAUCUAAACAUCACCUUCCUCCUCAUGGUCUUGGUCGGAGCCAUAGUACUGCUGGUACCUUACCUACUCAGAUCCUAAAACAGCGGCAGCGCCAGCAGCAACAGAAUUUUCAACCGACUGGUAGGCAUCUUACUCCACAAAGGCAACAGUCUCAAUCCCAUCAACAACCUAAAUACAUUAAGGGAAUGGGCAGAGGGAGCCCUUCAGUAAUGCAUCAGAACCACUCUGCUGAUCCGUCCUCUCACAUAAAUGGGCUUGCUUCAACUCCAGGAAAUCAAGUACAUGAGAAGGGUGAGCAGGCCAUGCAUCAUAUGAUGCAAAACCAGGGUUUAUUUUCAGGUUCGAACUCAAUUCAGUCAAACAAUUCGCUGGUGCCUCCUCAAUCAACAAAUCAAUCCUUGUCUCAGCAAAAGCUGUUUUCUCGUUCACCACCCUCCUCUUUGUCGAAGCAACUCCCACAGGUUUCGUCUCAUUCUGAUCUGAUGAAUAACCAAGGCCACCCCCCAGCAGUUACUUCUGGGCAUAACACGCUUCCUCCAGUGGCAAUGGGAUCUGGUCAGCAGCAGCGGCAAAAUAUGCAUAGAAUGCUUCAACCACAUAAUCGUCAAAUGAAUUCUGAUCCACAUACGCAAUCCACGGUCGAGCAGCAGCCUUCAAACAGCAGGCCGCAUAUAGGGGGUACUGAAUCUUCCACCAAUUGCAUGCCCGUUCUUUCCUCAGCAAGUAAUGCUGCUACUCAGUGGAAAGGAACAUCGGAGUAUAAUUCAGGAAUGACAAAGUCAAUCAAUCACUUGCCUGGCGUUGGAAAUCCAUCACCUCUGACUAGCACAACAGAAACUGAGCUUUCAACUCCCUCAUCGUCUGGCCAAGAUUUAAUCCAUGAGCAGUUCUCUGGAAGUACUACUACUCAGACCAACAGUGCUGGGACCCAGUGGCAGCCGCACUUGCAGCAGCAACAACGUCAACCAUCAGGCCAACAGCCUACAGCACCAUCGCCACCACAACCUCCAUCACCACCACCACCACCACUACCUCCGCUGCUGCAAAAGCAACAACCACCUCAGCAACCUCAAUCCCAACCACAGCCACAACAACAGCUGCAAGCUGGGCAGAGUGGACCGUAUGCCAAACCAAGUAAUUCUGGACCAGGGUGAAUUUUAUAAGCUGGUCUGCAGGUGUUGGAAAAUGGGUCAGUCUGAUUAGUCUUGCAUGUGUUGUUGCAGCAGUGUACAGGUUAGUUGAUGCACCGUAAUUUAUUCCGGCUAAGCAUAACAAUUCAAAUCAAGUCAAAACAGAUACAGGUGUAGGCAUUGGACAUGCCUUCCCAUCUAUACCUACUCCUCUGUGUCUUUUUGGGUGGUCAGAUCUGUUAUUAUAUUUUGAAUUGACGGGGACAAACAAGAUUUGAUACUAAUGGAAGGCAAUGGGGGUUCCAUGCAGAUGAUGGAAGCUUGUGACUCUGAGACUGCAUUACCAGAAAUGGGAAGUGGUUUGGAGUGUUUUGUGCAGAUCCACUAUAGUUGGUCACUGACCUAUGGGGAAAUAGUAUCUUUUGUACCUUGUUGUUUCUCGUCCUCAAUCAAAUACCUAUCUCCUACCCAAGUCAUUUGGCAGUGAGAGAUGCAGAGAGGAAAAGAGAGAUAUAAUGGGUCCUUAUUAGAUUAUUUUGUACAGGGGUUUGAUCUCUUCUCCCCCUCCGCCUUUUGUUUUAAACUUUAGCGGGCUCCCUUCAAAUGUUUUGUAUAGGUAGACAGAAGGGAGAAAGGGUGUCUGUCUUUUGUUCAUUCCCCUUUAAUUUUUGUUCUUCUUUCAUUCCACCCCCAUAGAUAGUCCAGUGUAUUAUUAAGUUAUGGAUUAUGCUGAUAAUGUAAAAAUGAAAAAAAAAAAAGCUUAUCAUUCUAAUCUCCCAAUUGUAUUUGCUCCUUUUUGUCUUCU